GGAGUCCAAAUAUAGUGAUCCAGACAGACCAACAUCAGUAGCUGAAGCAGACAAAUGCACGUGUGAGCUCCUCGGAUCAGCCAAGCGGGUGAACGUUAACUUCCAGGACACGGAUGGGUUCUCCGCCUUGCAUCACGCCGCCCUCAACGGCAACACCGAACUCAUUCUGCUGCUCCUGGAGGCCCAGGCUGCCGUGGACAUCAAGGACAACAAAGGAAUGCGCCCUUUGCAUUACGCGGCCUGGCAAGGGAAGAAGGAGCCCAUGAAGCUGGUGCUGAAGGCGGGCUCCUCUGUGAACAUCCAGUCUGAUGAGGGGCAGAUCCCUUUGCACUUGGCAGCGCAGCACGGACACUACGACGUGUCAGAAAUGCUUCUUCAGCACCAGUCCAACCCCUGCAUCCUGGACAACUGUGGCAAGACACCUCUGGACUUGGCCUGUGAGUUUGGCCGUGUUGGGGUAGUGCAGCUGCUUUUGAACAGCAACAUGUGUGCAGCCCUGUUGGAGCCCAAGCCGGGGGACAUCACUGACCCCAACGGGACCAGCCCGUUGCACCUGGCUGCCAAGAACGGGCACAUUGACGUCAUCAGGCUUCUGCUCCAGGCUGGCAUAGACAUCAAUCGUCAGACCAAGGCAGGCACUGCCUUGCACGAAGCGGCUUUGUGUGGCAAGACGGAAGUGGUGCGCCUCCUCCUGGAUAGCGGGAUCAAUGCCCACAUCCGGAACACCUACAGCCAGACUGCCCUGGACAUUGUCCACCAGUUCACUGCCACACAAGCCAGCAAGGAGAUCAAGCAGAUGCUGCGAGACGCUUCGGCUGCCCUUCAGGUCCGGGCCAUGAAAGAUUAUUGCAACAACUAUGACCUGACCAGCCUCAACGUGAAAGCUGGGGACAUCAUCACGGUCCUGGAGCAGCAUGCCGACGGCCGAUGGAAAGGCUGCAUCCACGACAACCGGACCGGCAACGACCGCGUGGGGUACUUCCCGUCCACCCUGGUGGAAGCCAUCAGUAAACGCACAGGUUCCCGGGGGUCGGACGCCAGCCCGUCCCACUUGUCUCCAGGGAGCACUGCUACUACCCCGGCCCCAGCAGAAGAAAUCUGGGUUCUCCGCAAGCCCUAUGCAGGUGGCGACCGCAGCAGCGUGGGGAGCACUGGAAGCGUGGCCAGUGGGCGGAGCUCAGGGAGCGGCCAAAGCACUGGAAGUGGUGGCCAUGCGGCCCUUCACCCGAGCUCCGAAGGUGUGAAGCUGCUGGCAACUGUCCUUUCCCAGAAGGCGUCUGUGCAAGAAUCUGCUGUGAGCGACGGGCCUGCCAAGGCAGCGGAGACACCCGCAGGUUCUUCACGGACCCCAGGAUUGGGCAGCGCGUCAUACCCCAGCCAGCCGUAUGGCGAGCAGCAGGUCAAGAAGGUGGAGCCGCAGUCCGAGGGAAAGAGCUCAGAGGCCGUCUACCAGUGGCUGUACAAGUUUCAGCUGCAGCUCUACGCCUCCAACUUCAUCAAUGCUGGUUACGACAUCCCCACCAUCAGCCGGAUGACCCCAGAGGACUUGACAGCCAUUGGGGUUACCAAGCCAGGACACCGAAAGAAGAUUGCCUCCGAGAUCAACAACCUGAACAUUUCUGAGUGGCUCCCAGAAUACAAGCCAGCAAACCUGGCUCUCUGGCUAUCCAUGAUUGGUCUGGCACAAUAUUACAAAGUCCUGGUGGAAAAUGGCUACGAGAACAUCGAUUUUAUCACUGAUAUCACUUGGGAGGAUCUGCAGGAGAUUGGCAUCACCAAACUGGGCCACCAGAAGAAGCUGAUGUUAGCCGUGAAGAAGUUGGCGGAGAUCCAGAAAGCUGAAUACAUCAAGUAUGAAUCAGGGACGCUGAAGAAGAAGAGUGCACCCCAGGCACAGGACACGAUGGCCAUAGAGUCUCCUCAGCAGGAAACAGCUGAGUGCCAGUCUCCCAAGAUGUCCACUUUCCAGGACAGCGAGCUGAGCAAUGAGCUGCAGGUAGCCAUGACAGGCAGCAGCGAAGAGAGCCCCGAGAAGCAGCCCAACCACGUCACGCACUUCCGGGACGGGGCCGUUUACCGGCCCUCCUCCCGCCUCGCCCACGAGAACAGUCUGAGCGGAAGAGCUAAGCUGAUCAGUAGUUCCCAGGAGCUGCUGGGAGAUGGACCUAAAACGCCUGGCGCGGCCGUAUCCAAAAGCCAGGAGUUCCUGGCAGAGGAGGGGAAGGAGGCUCCGGCCACCCUGCCCAAGGAGGUGCGGGGGCUCCGACACGGCCACAGCAUCAAGAGGGCAAGCGUCCCCCCGGUGCCUGGCAAACCCCGGCAGUCGUUCCCUCCAGCUGCAGGCCACUACACCCCUCCGCAAACCCCCACCAAGCCCCGCCCAUCCUCUCCCCAGGCUUUCGGGGCACCCCAUGCCACGGCCAAAGUAAAACCCACGCCGCAGCUGCUGCCGCAGACGGACCGCCCCAUGUCUCCUCGCUCGCUGCCCCAGUCUCCGACGCACCGUGGCUUCGCGUAUGUUCUGCCGCAGCCCGUGGAGGGGGAGGCUCAGGCCGCCGGCCCCUUGGCUCAAGCCGUGCCGGUCCUGCCCAUCUCCAUCCCGGUGCUGUGCCUGCCGCCCCAGGCUGCGGAGGGCGAAGAGGAGGCGGGCCGGCCUAAGAAGAGGGCCCACAGCCUGAAUCGCUAUGCAAUGUCCGACAGCGAGCAGGAGCGGGACGAGCUCCUGGUGCCGGACGCCGGGCCCUACGCCACCGUGCAGCGGCGAGUGGGACGCAGCCACUCCGUCCGGGCACAGUCGGGUGCUGACAAGAACGUGAACCGCAGCCAGUCCUUCGCGGUGCGGCCAAAGAAGAAGGGCCCUCCGCCCCCCCCACCCAAGCGCUCCAGUUCGGCCAUCUCCAGCAGCAACAUGACGGACGAUUUUGGCAAAGACGGAGAGGAAGGGGAGGAGCUGGCCCAGAAGCAGGCUAGCGAUGGGGGCACUGUGGAGACAGGCAGUGCCGGGAGCGUCAAGAGCAUUGCUGCCAUGCUGGAAAUGUCAUCUAUUGGCGGGGGGGGCCGGGCUCUUGCCAUGCAAAAGCUGCCUGGAGCUGGGCUGGUGGCCGACGGGCACUACUUGCAGCCUGGUGUUGCUGUGCGCUCAGCCAGUCCGGAACACUCUCGAGUUGCGACCGUUCUGGCCACCGCCAAGCACAAAGACGCCAUUGGGCCAGACGGAGAGGUGGUGAACCGCCGACGCACCAUCAGCGGCCCCGUUACUGGGCUCGUGGCAGCCGCUCGCCGUGAACGCUCGGACAGCAUCAAGUCUGACACGCCCAAAGAUGGCGGCCCCAUGGAACGGCUGCGGGCAGAACACAGCGGGAGCUCCCCGCAGAACGGCUUGGGUGAAAAUAUUCCUUUUGCCGAAGAAGGCAGCCUGACUAUCAAGCAGCGUCCUCGGCAGAUGAGCCUCGCUAAAGCUGAAGGCGGGGAGGGUUUGCCACUUGUCCAUCGGCACGGCGACCUUUCCAAAGUGGAGGCCAGCGCCACUCUCAAGAGGAGGAUCCGGGCAAAGCAGUGCCAGCAGGACAGCAUCAAGUUCAUUCUCACGGAAUCCGAUACAGUGAAGAGGCGGCCGAAGUCAAAAGACAAGGAGCAGGAGCCGGCCCCGCUCUCGGUCUACCACAACGGCAUGGCCACAGUCAAACGCCGGCCGACCUCCGAGAUGAGCAGCCUGGAGGCCGUGGCCCCAGCGGAACAGCAGGAGAGAGGGGAAGGGGCUUCAGCGCAGCUCCCCCGGGAAGGGGAACCCAAGAAGCCGGUCAAGCCACCUGUUUCCCCCAAGCCCAUCUUGCCGCCCAAAGCCUCUGGGCCUUCCACGCCCACAUCCAAAAGGGCCCCGAUUCCUGGCCCAGGCAGUCCAGAGGUGAAGCGUGUCCAUGGGACCCCACCACCCACAUCUCCGAAGCCGACACCCCCCCCAACUGCUCCCAAGCCUAAGGUCCACCCUGUCCUCCAGUCAGUGAGUGCCAGCUCCACACCAGCUCCAUCACCUGCCAAGCAGCUCGCCCCUACCAUCAAGCCUUCCAGCACACCGCCUUCCCUCUGUUCCAGCCCAGCGAAGCCUUUGUCUCCUGGAGGGCUGCCUCCUCAGACAGUGCCAGUCAAGCCACCUCGCUCCUCCAUGGCUGGGCCCUCAGUGGAGAGCACCGAGAGUGUGCAUCAGAAGCUGGAGGAGACCAGCGCUUCUCUGGCUGCUGCCCUGCAAGCUGUGGAGGAGAAGAUCAAGCAGGAGGAUGGACAAGCAGCAGAUUCAACUGCAGAGUCCAAGAGCACUGUCAGCAUCCUGGACGACAUCGGCAGCAUGUUUGAUGACCUUGCUGACCAGCUAGAUGCCAUGUUGGAAUGAGAGCUGGAGAACAAUCCGGGCCAACCUCAGGAUCUGCCAUGGGCACAAGGGCACAAUCACCUCCAUGAAGAUCUUCCCCCCCUCCAUUUUUUGAGGUUUGCACAAAGAAGACAAGGUUACCUCAGGAUUGUGUUGAAACAAACUGAGAUGCUUGAGAAAGGCUUUCCUUGGGACCUGUUUUGCAAAGCAAAAAGAAGAGAGGAACCACAUUUGGGUUUCUUCUCCCAUCCCUUCCAAACACCUGUUUGACCUUGGAGAUUACAAAAUUACUGCAGUUCUCCUCCUGCAAUGAAGUCAGAGGUCGGGGCCCUGGGAUGGGCAGAGCUUCCACGGCAAUGGGAAGAAAGUGAGCUUCAAACUUUCUUCAGCACAGCUUUCCAGGCAAAGCUGCUCCAUCCACUCAAAAGUGGCUUUCCCCCCACAUCUAGUUACGAAAGUAUUCCCUUUCCCCUCUCUCCAGAUCAGUCCUGAGUUGUUACAGUCCCAAUACACUAUCAAAAUACGUGGCACAAAUAAGUAUUAGUCUUCUCUGGUUCUUCAUGUUUUCUGUUGGGGUGAAAUCUUGUCUUAGCGAUAACUAUUGCCUUCUGUGUUGAUGAUGUUUCUGGACUGAACGCCGCUGUUUCGUUCCAUGCUCAGUUCAUGCGCCCAUCUGCCAUCACUGGAGAUGCUGGUAGAGGCAGGCAUGGAAGGCCUGAGGGAACCUGUGA